AUGGCGCCCCUUGCUGCAGAACUCGCGACGCUGCGAGCGCUCAGCUUCCGCAUCUCAUCUACACCAACUUCGCAACUUCCCCAGCACGUGCCUGCAAUAGCUGCAUCCUUGGCCUCGUGCAGGACUAUUCUUUCGUCGCCCCAGGCUUCAGGUACCAAGGCCACCUCCUCCGAAUACUCUGUCGCCGUCCACAAGUACCGCACUCUCUUGUCUACUCUUCUCCAAGAUCGCACUCCUCACGGAAGGUGGUGCGCCAUUGUCUUGAUCAAAGCGACCAUUGAAGUCGGAGGUUGGGAAACUUUGCAAAAGAGUCUGCCCUGGGUUCGCGGUCUCCUGGGAUUCCUCAACAAGCCGGACCCACCAUCCUCGAAGAAACUAUGCAUCAUCACUCUGACACGCAUCUUUUUUCUCACGAGGGAAUAUCCGACACUGGUUCGCGAAAUCACCACUCCAUCCCUAACACCUUUCGUACAAGCGGGACUCCAGAUAGCCAACACGGCCAAUGUACCGGAUUCUUUGCUGUUAAUAGUCCUGGAGAGUUUCAGCCAACUGCUACCCCGGCAUCCCACAGUCUUUCGAUCAUACCUCAAACAGCUCCACCCACUCCUAGCCCGCUUGGUUGCGCCCACAUCAUCCACCAAGCUGAGCCAAGAAGAAAUUUCUGGAUUCAGAUAUGGGGUUAAAUCCGAUAUUGCUGCCGCUGCACGCCAGCUCUAUGCGCAGUUGCCUUAUUGCGCACCCAAGGGCACUUCUGGUGAGGAUUGGACGAAAUCCGUCAAAAGUGUGGUCAACAGCGCCCACCAAACUGCAGAUCAUGUCUUCCGCGCUGUAGUGGAGGAUUGGCAGUCUGCUUCCCGUGAAGCACCCUUGACGAAUGGCCACACCAUCAAUGAUGAAACCCAGGAUCUGGAACCAAGCUCAGGUCUUCCACCUUGGUCAGGCAUUUUCGCUGGUGGUGAACGACUGUUGGGACUCAUGUAUCUCCUGAAAGAGUACAUAGAGGGUCCAACUCCAAGCACUGUCUACUUGGACGUCGGUUUGAUCGUUGACUUGAUUUCCAGGAUGCUCUCCAUCACCAUCCCUGUAUCUUCAUCCAAAAACUUCCAAAACACUAUCCGCCUGAAUGCGCAAAUCAGCAAAGAAGAGCGAGAAAACCUCUGGCUGUUGAUUCCAGAGGUGCAUGUUGCUGCGAUCGAAGUGUUUUUAUCGCUAGCACACAGGUCUCAGUCGAGCACAAUUGCGUUGGAAUCUAUCAUCAUUGAUCAACUUGUCUGGGUCUUUAAUGCGGAGAGGGACACAGUUCAAGUCAGAACAGCAUGUUAUGUGGCAACAUCAGCCCUCUUAAAGAGAUCUGGAGUUGCGUUCCACAAGUCCACAGUUGACUCUCUCCUGCCCCUUAUCCGAUCCUGCUGCGAUGAUCUGCUUCCCUCAGCUGUAACUAUCAAUACAGCCAACAAUAUUCCUGGCCGUGCCAAGGCAAAUGGCAACGCUCAGCCACAGACUUCUGCAAACGCAGACGCUUUCAUGAGUGCCUCCAAAGAAACCGACAACUCCCUCGACGGCUAUACAGGACUGUCCCAAGCUGCCUACAAUCUUCUGCCUGUGCUACUCUCGGAUAUUCGUGCCCAGCAUUUAUCCGACUCUAUGCGAGCUCGCCUAGACCGCACUGCAAUUCUCGCGCAGCAUAAGGAAGCCAUGGUAGCUAGCGUACUGAACCCUCCGCCAAGCAAGAAGUUUGGCAAGCCUGCAGCAAGCAUUUUGCCACUCAUGGCUCGGUCAUUUUCUGCUGAAAAGGACGUCGAGGGCAUGCUGCGGCCACGAAUGCCAGUAAUCCGUCUAGGUGGUCAAGACUUGGACGCAGAAGAGGGAGAGGACGGCAUGGAUGCUGAAGAAGAGGAAGAGGAAGUGGAAGAGGAUGAAGCUGAGCCACAAGCUCCAGAAGAAAUGGCUGAUGGAUCUGUAGAGCAAAAUGCUGGUACUGCAGUGAAAGACUUCGCUAUGACAGAUGUUCUCCACACUGACGUACCCACAUUCACCUCCUCCAGGCCGAACUCAGCAUUCACAGAUUCAGGGAAUGCGCUUUUGUCAGAACCCCCAACCUCUGGUGAAGCAAAGCGACCAAUCGGCAAUGAAGGCCCUCAUUCUCCUUCGAAGCGUGCGAGAACAACCCAAGAUGAGCUGCAGCAUACGCGCACCGCACAGCCUGUUUCCACGGCUGCUGAAUCUUCUGACAACACUCUUAUCGAUGCGACAGCGUCAGCCACCUCAGAUUUCACUGCUACCAACACCGCCUCUGCGAUUCCAGAGCUUCCUGAUCCGGGUGAAGGUGACGAUGACAGCGACGAUGAUAAGAUAUCGCUAGUUCUUGGACAGGACACUGAUGACGACUCGGAUUGA